GAAAAACCCGUAAUCCUCCUCUUCCUCUUCCUUAGGAUUGCCACAUUGCUCUAUUUCAGCUGGCAGUCUUCAUGGCAAUGUGCUUCUUCUCUGCCUAAGACUUCAAACAAUACAUAACGUGUUAGGUUCGUGAGAAUGGAGAGUGGUGACGUGUUCCGAGUGAGCAGCGCUCGGCUGAGCAGCUCGAAUAUAUGGAGGAACACCACAAUGGAGGUUUUCUCCAGGUCCUCAAGGUACGAGGAAGACGAAGAGGCCCUCAAGUGGGCUGCGAUAGAGAAGUUACCGACUUACUUGCGGGUGCGGAGAGGGAUCCUAACUGAGGAGGAGGGCAGCCCCCGAGAGAUCGAAAUCCACAAGCUCGGAUUCGUUGAGCGGAAGAACCUCAUCGAGAGGCUGCUCAAAACUGCUGAAGAAGACAACGAGAAGUUCCUUAUGAAGCUCAGGCAGCGAAUCGAACGAGUUGGACUCGACUUACCGACGAUUGAAGUUCGGUUUGAGCAUUUAAACGUCGAGGCAGAUGCCUAUAUAGGAGGCAGAGCAUUGCCCACAAUGUUCAAUUUCUCAGCAAAUAUGUUGGAGGGCUUCUUGAAUUUCCUUCACAUUCUCCCAAGCCGAAAGAAACCGUUUCCAAUCCUCAAUGAUGUCAGCGGAAUCAUCAAGCCUCGCCGAAUGACUUUGCUUUUGGGCCCUCCGAGUUCAGGAAAGACCACGCUGCUGCUGGCAUUAGCUGGAAAGCUCGGGAAAGAUCUAAACUUCUCUGGAAGAGUCAUGUACAAUGGACACGAGAUGAACGAAUUUGUGCCCCAGAGGACUUCGGCUUACAUUAGUCAGUACGAUGUUCACAUUGGUGAAAUGACUGUUCGAGAAACUCUGGCUUUCUCUGCAAGGUGUCAAGGGGUUGGACCGCGUUAUGACAUGUUGGCAGAAUUGUCGAGAAGAGAAAAGGAGGCAAAUAUCAAACCGGAUCCUGACGUUGAUAUAUAUAUGAAGGCUGCUGCUCUAGAAGGACAAGAAACUAGUAUAGUGACAGAUUACAUGCUAAAGAUUCUGGGACUCGAAAUAUGUGCUGACACGAUGGUGGGAGACGAAAUGAUCCGUGGCAUCUCCGGAGGACAGAAAAAGCGAGUCACAACAGGGGAGAUGCUUGUGGGACCUGCAAGGGCGCUUUUCAUGGAUGAGAUAUCGACUGGGCUGGACAGUUCGACGACGUUCCAGAUAGUGAACUCACUGAGGCAGUCCAUACAUAUCCUCAACGGGACCGCCGUCAUCUCGCUCCUACAGCCGGCACCCGAGACGUACGACCUGUUUGACGACAUAAUUCUCCUGUCGGAUGGGCAGAUCGUUUACCAAGGACCCCGAGAGGACGUCCUCGAGUUCUUCAAGUCAGUGGGGUUCAAAUGCCCCGAGAGGAAGGGAGUCGCAGACUUCUUACAAGAGGUAACUUCUAGGAAAGAUCAGGUGCAAUACUGGGCCAACAAAGACAAGCCCUAUAGCUUCGUGUCGGUUAGGGAAUUCGCAGAAGCAUUCCAGUCGUUCCACAUUGGCCGGAAGCUCGGAGACCAGCUCGCAAUUCCAUUCGACAAGUCAAAAAGCCACCCCGCGGCACUAACCACCAAGAAGUAUGGAGUUAGUCAGAAGGAGUUGUUGAAAGCCUGCAUCUCAAGGGAGCUUCUCCUAAUGAAGAGGAACUCGUUCGUCUACAUUUUCAAGAUGACCCAACUCACUCUAAUGGCUCUCAUCACGAUGACGCUCUUCUUCCGGACCAAAAUGCGUCGGGAAACCGUGACUGACGGUGGGAUUUACUUGGGAGCGCUGUUCUUCAUCAUGGUCAUAAUCAUGUUCAAUGGAUUCUCCGAGCUCGCAAUGUCUAUAAUGAAGCUUCCCGUCUUUUACAAGCAGAGAGACCUCCUCUUCUACCCUCCAUGGGCUUACGCUCUUCCCACAUGGAUCCUUAAGAUCCCCAUCACUCUCAUUGAGGUCGCCAUCUGGGUCAUACUGACUUACUAUGUUAUCGGCUUUGAUCCCAAUGCCAGGAGGUUCUUCAAACAGUACUUGCUGCUUUUGUUAAUAAACCAGAUGGCCUCAGCAUUAUUCCGGUUCUUGGCGGCACUGGGAAGAAAUGUUAUCGUGGCAAACACGUUCGGAUCAUUUGCAUUGGUCACAGUGUUUGUCAUGGGCGGUUUCAUCCUAUCAUACAACGAUGUGAAGAAAUGGUGGAUAUGGGGCUACUGGAUUUCCCCGAUGAUGUAUGGACAGAAUGCCAUCGCCGUGAAUGAAUUCCUCGGGCAACGAUGGGGACAGGUUCCACCAAACUCCACAGACUCACUAGGAGUUAUGGUCCUGAAGUCGCGUGGGCUUUUUGUGGAAGCUCGUUGGUACUGGAUCAGCGUUGGAGCACUGAUUGGAUAUAUCCUCCUGUUUAACUUCCUUUUCACUCUGGCCCUACGGUAUCUCGAUCCUCUCGGGAAGCCACAGGCUGUGCUCUCGAAAGAGGCGCUGGAUGAGAAAAUUGCAAACAUGACCAGAGGCGACGUAGAGCUCUCAUCAAGAGGGUCGAAGAACCCGUCCGUGAGAGAGGUCGAAAGCCGGAGAAGCGUAUCAUCUGGUAGGACACUGUCCAAGAGAGUUGGAAGCUUUAACGACUCUGAUCUAAACAGAAGGCGAGGAAUGGUUCUUCCCUUCCAGCCCUUCUCUAUGGUCUUCGAUGAGAUCAGAUACGCCAUCGACAUGCCACAGGAGAUGAAAGAGCAAGGCAUUCCGGAGGAUAGGCUGGAACUCCUCAAAGGCGUCAGCGGCGCCUUCAGGCCAGGAGUCCUCACUGCCCUGAUGGGCGUGAGCGGUGCUGGGAAGACCACUUUGAUGGAUGUGCUGGCCGGAAGGAAGACGGGUGGCUACAUCGAAGGGACCAUCCGUAUAGCGGGAUACCCAAAGAAGCAGGAGACGUUUGCUCGGAUCUCGGGAUACUGUGAGCAGACUGAUAUACACUCCCCUCAUGUCACAGUGUACGAGUCCCUGCUCUAUUCUGCGUGGCUCCGGUUGCCCCCUGAAGUCGACUCCGCGACUCGAAAGAUGUUCAUAGAGGAAGUCAUGGAGCUCGUGGAGCUGACUUCACUCAGGGAGGCACUUGUCGGGCUACCAGGCGUGAACGGGCUCUCGACAGAACAGAGGAAGAGGCUGACAAUUGCAGUGGAGCUUGUGGCAAACCCGUCAAUCAUAUUCAUGGAUGAGCCGACCUCAGGCCUCGAUGCUCGAGCUGCAGCCAUCGUGAUGAGGACUGUCAGGAACACUGUGGACACUGGCCGAACCGUGGUCUGCACCAUUCACCAGCCCAGCAUCGACAUUUUCGAUGCGUUCGAUGAGCUUUUCCUGUUGAAGCGUGGAGGAGAAGCGAUCUAUGUCGGUCCACUGGGCCGACACUCUUCGCAUCUGAUCGAGUACUUUGAGGGAAUCAAUGGAGUUCCGAAAAUUAAGGACGGAUAUAACCCCGCAACAUGGAUGCUCGAAAUUACAGCGGCUGCAGAGGAAGCUGCUCUUGGAAUUAAUUUCACUGACGUGUACAAGAACUCCGAUCUUUACAGGAGGAACAAAGCACUAAUAAAGGAAUUAAGUACGCCUAUGCCGGGGACGAAGGAUCUGUAUUUCCAGACUAAAUACUCGCAGCCGUUCCUCACUCAGUGCAUGGCUUGCUUGCAGAAGCAACACUGGUCGUACUGGCGUAACCCGCCUUACACAGCAGUGAGGCUUCUGUUCACGACGUUCAUCGCCCUGAUGUUCGGGACGAUGUUCUGGGAUCUCGGCUCAAGAAGGUCAAGGCAACAAGAUCUACUCAAUGCGAUGGGAUCAAUGUAUGCUGCUGUACUGUUUAUCGGAGUGCAGAAUGCCGUUUCCGUUCAACCAGUUGUGGCCAUCGAGAGAACGGUUUUCUACCGAGAGAGAGCUGCCGGAAUGUACUCUGCCAUGCCCUAUGCCUUCGGACAGGUGGUCAUCGAGCUCCCCUACCUAUUCGCUCAGACGCUGAUAUAUGGGGUGAUAGUGUAUUCGAUGAUCGGGUUCGAGUGGAAGGUAGAGAAAUUCUUCUGGUACGUCUUCUUCAUGUACUUCACCCUGCUCUACUUCACCCUCUACGGAAUGAUGACCGUCGCCGUCACCCCCAACCACAACAUUGCGGCCAUUGUCUCCUCUGCCUUCUACGCCAUAUGGAACCUCUUCUCCGGCUUCAUCAUUCCUCGAACAAGAAUACCGAUCUGGUGGAGAUGGUACUACUGGGCAUGCCCAGUGGCGUGGACACUGUACGGGCUAGUGGCCUCGCAGUUUGGGGAUGUCCAGGAGACCCUGGAGUCGGGCGUGACAGUGCAGGACUUCAUAGAGAGCUACUUCGGGUUCAGGCACGACUUCGUCUGGGCAGUCGCGGUCGUCCACGUCGGGAUCUGCGUGCUCUUCUGCUUCACCUUCGCCUUCUCCAUCAAGGUUUUCAACUUCCAGAGGAGGUGA